AGAGCUCUGAAGGUCUUCCCCGAGCCACCUGGCUGGGAAACAUGCCCGUAGUGAGAAGAAGCCGGAAAGCGCCGCUGGAUGGCUGGGAGCUGAUCGAGCCAACCCUAGACGAAUUAGCUCAGAAGAUGAGAGAAGCUGAGGCCGAGCCCCACGAGGGAAAGAGGAAAGUGGAGUCCCUGUGGCCCAUCUUCAGGAUCCAUCACCAGAAAACGCGGUACAUCUUCGAUCUCUUCCACAAAAGGGAAGCCAUCAGCAGAGAGCUGUACGAGUACUGCAUCAAGGAAGGCUACGCCAACAAGUUCCUCAUCGCCAAGUGGAAGAAGCAGGGCUACGAGAACCUGUGCUGCCUGUGCUGCAUGCAGACCCGGGACACGAACUUCGGCACCAACUGCAUCUGCCGGGUGCCCAAGAGCAAGCUGGAAGUGGAUGGCAUCAUCGAGUGCACGCACUGUGGCUGCCGAGGCUGCUCAGGGUGAGCUGCCCUGUCCUGUGCCUGUCACCCCCCCCCCAACCUGGAGUGCUUUCUCCUCCUUCCAAGCGCUGGAAAUCGAAGUGUCGGCUGUGCGCGUCCUCUGAGC